UCCAUUAACCCGCAUGGAGAUACGAGAUAAGGGAGAUAUGGCGAGUAAUAAUGUCCCGCCCACACACUCACUCUCCCAGACAGAUGCACUCACCAACGUGGCUCUACCAUAUGCUUCAUUAUAGCUCAAAUUCGUGUUUUGCGUGCGUGUACGUGUGGUGAGGUGAUAAUGUUCGUGUGUAUGUAACCGUCCACACAGCUGUCAGUGUCUGGCAUGGCGGCCGGUGACCUCGUGCUGGACAUGAUCAAGACACACAGCCGCUAUGAUGUGCCUGAGGACAUCACACUCUCCUGCCAUGAUGUCCCUGAAUGCUCUAACUUCCCAAGGGGGGUAAGAACUUCCAGGCCUGUAGAACCAAUAGAACCUAUAGAAAAAGAGGUAAAUGGAUCACUCAAAGAUACAAACAUGUCAGACUGGCCUGGAGAGCAAACAGAACCAACAGAUUGGCCAACGGAAAAGUCAGAAAUCCCAGACUGGUCAGAAAAAAAGAAUGAGAACUUUGCAGACUUUAAGGAGAGGGUCUUUUUGAACACCUGGGAAUAUAAUGGCACUAGAUGUGACCUGUCCAACGAGGAGAGUCCAGACAACCGCACCACUGACGAUGAGGAGUUGAGCAGCCGUGGAAGUGGCCAGAAGGAUGCAGGAAACCAUGCCUUUGAUCAGAAUGACCCAGUAAACCACAUGAUGGGUCAGGACACCACCACAGACAAUGCAUCAUUUAAAUACAAGGGUGACGGGAGCCAGACAGAGCCAAGGACAAGUGCCAUUGGUCGGCCGGUGGUGGAGGUAGAGGAGGACUGGUGGGAUGGUGAGGGGCAGCCGACGGGUGAGCGCUGGCCACCACUGGGUGCUCCGGAUGACCGAGUGGAGGAUGGAUGCUCCUAUGAUUCUUGGUACAGGCAGGGCAGGAGCUGUGAGGGUGAGGAUGGAAUUGGUGCAGCAGAGAGAGAGCGACUGAGACAGCUGGAGGAGGAGCAGGACCAACUCAGCAACUCCCUCAUGGCUCUCACCUCUCACUUUGCCCAGGUACAGUUCCGGCUGAAGCAGAUUGUCCACGCCUCACCUGAGCAGAAAGAGGAACUGCUCUCUCAGCUUGAAGAGUUUGCUAACCGAGGGAUUCCUGACAUAAGGGCCCACACUGCUGUCUGUUUGCCUGGCAAGGGAGGCACCGAGGAGGACGGGGAACAGAACGAUAGCAUGAGCACUAUGAACAAACAGAAGGAACUCAUCUCACAACUGAAGCAACAACUCGAUGACCUUGAGCUCUACGUGUAUGAGACAGGCGAGGGUGGCCCACCCCAGGCACAGGUCAUGGAGCGGCAGAGGGUCAUCAUAGAACAACUGAAGGACCGUCUAAACCUGAAUGUUGACGAAACGGACAAACUCACCCUGGAGGACUUGAGGCAGCAGGUGGAUCGCAAUGUGAGAGAGCUCAUCAACCCACUCAAGAUGAAAGAACAAUUGGUUGCUCAACUUCAGACACAAAUUUCAGACUUGGAGAGGUUCAUAAAUUUCCUGCAGGGGGAGGGAGGGAGCGUGAGAGGGGUGCGGCAUCCACCCCGACCCAUGACAACACCCCCCAAGGCAGCAGCAAGUGGAGGAGACACACGCCAUCAGGAGAAGCGAUCCAGAACUGAGCAGAGGAAGGAGCAGCAUAAGUCUGAGGCUGAGCAGCUGCGGCGGGAGACGGCCAGCGUGGUGGAGCGAGCCACAACGCUGCUCAACAUGCUGUCCUUUGGCUGCGGUGAAAAUGGACGCACCAAAUUCAGACGCAACACACUAAAGAAGACACCCCAGGGCAGCCAUUACGGGGACAUCCGAGCUGCUUUGGAGUUGGCAGUAGUGCAGGUAGAAGAGUCAAUCCGCCCAGACCCGAGUGGAGACAGUGACCAGACGAGUGACUCAGAGGAGGAAGUGGAGGGCGAGGAGGGGAAUGUGGGUCUUGGUGCACGGGCGGAGGUGACCAUGGCUGUGAGGAAACACCUGACACCGGCACUGAGGGACUUGAUGCAGCACGGACUGAUGCCGGUGGGACAAAGCCAGUCGUUAGUUCCGUUCCUGAGUUGCCUGCCCCACCCACCCUCCCACCGGCCCUCCAAGCUGAUGCAUGCCUGGGACCUCAUCUUGCAGUAUUACCACCUCAAGAAGGGACACCAGUAUAACCGCACACCUGCCAGGAGACUCAGCCAGAGCUUCAACCUGGAGAUCACUGGUGGUGGAGUAGUGACCAAUAAACAGUCUCUACUUGGUGUCAUUGGCUCCAUCAUCUCCACUCACACUCCUCUCAAGAGAUCCUUUGAUUCGCACCUCAAGGCCUUUGUAUCGUCUGGUCUAAAUCAGAAGAAGCUGGUGGUAUGGCUGCGGCUAAUAUUCCGCACGCAGGCACUGAUGGAGCAGUUCUACCAGCCUUGGAGUUCGCCAGUCUUACAGGAUUCGAGGAUGCUCUCCGCUCUCUGGAUCGACUCACACCCCACAACUUCCGCCUGCCUGUUGACUUGGCUGUCCGUCCAUUCCAGAACAUGAGGGAUGCUUUCUGAGGUGUCCCCUUGGCAGCUGCAGUGGAAGGGACAGGAUGCUGGGACAGUAUUAUUCAAUUCAUCCUCAUGGAAACAUAUCUUGUCAUUCUGCUUCACUGCAUGUUUGUGGACUAGGAAGUGAUUGUGAUGAGUGUGUGAUGGUGAAUGGAGGUAGACAAGUAACUAUAUAGAAGCACUACAUGGAGAACAUAUCUUGUCAGUUUGCCAAUAUGCAUAGAUGUGCCAUAACAGAUGUAACAAAUACUAUUAAUGUGUAAGGGAGAGGUUGUAAAUGGCUUAACACACACAUGCACAGACACACAGACACCAAAAAAAUAGUAAUUUCAACAAUACACAAAAUUAGAGACAUAUAUGACAUAAUAACAUAAAACAUCAUACAUUAUCAUACUGUGUAGCUGAGAGUUUGAAUGGUUAUAGUAAGAGAUGGUAAUAGUGAACUAAUUUAGUAGUGUGCUAUGUGAGAGGAAAUUGCAAGGAACAAGUGCCUGUAUGUAGUGAGUGCAGGACUGAGUGUGUUUAGUCAAGGAACAGAGCCUCAUCCAGGCAUGCAGGUGUGGAGUGUUCCAGCCUUCUGAAUAUAAGGAAGCCUGUAGCCAUUGAGGGUGCAGCUUUGAAUUGGUUCUUUAAGAGACAGCUGUGAGUCAUGAUUGGCAAGGAUAGCUCCAGUGGGAUAGCUUUGUCUGUCUCACACUUCAAUGCCUUUGUAUGAUGUGUUCUAAAAUAAGCUCUUGUGACACUUCAUCAGCUGCUCUGGAUAUAUGCUCUUCUAUCCUUAUUUGUCUCCUCACACCUCAUGGGUGUUGUGUGCCUCCACAGUCUUCCCACUUGAUAUCAAUCCCAUGUAUGUGUGGGCACCAGUGAGGCUUGUAAGUGAUGGAGGACUGUUGACUUCAGGCUUGGAUUAUUGAUAUGUCUCACUCUGACUGACCAUUGAGCAGGUCGUUGCUGAUAUGACCAUAGCGCAAGGCCUUGUUACUUGAGCUAGCUGUGGUCACAGUCAUCCUAAUGUCCUCAGCUGUCCCCCAUUAAGAUAUUUGACUGCUGUCCCUCUGGUAUGCUAUCAUGGACAGACCCUUGGGGAAGCUAGUAGAAGCAAGCAUCUGAUAUGCAGGCCUGAAUUUGGCACUGUGGAAGGUACAUGUGUUCUUUUGACUAAGUGUAUGAAAAAUUGUGAAGGAAAUGAGGAGAGAAUGUUGAUAUUGACAGAUGGGUGUGUAUUUAUUAAUGAUUUAUUUACCUAUUUAAACAAAGUGAAAAGUAAUGAUGUACCUUAUGCUCUGUGCACUGCAAAGCAGACAGUUGAAUAUAAGAUGAGUGACAUUGUGAUCAAGCUGUAAUGGAUAGAAUGACAGGUGGCUGGCAUGGCAACCUUUAUGGAUGUGAAUGCCAUUGCUAAUCUUCAGUGACACUUCCUGGCCUGCUCUUGUUGCAGUUGUCAUUGUUUCCUUCAGCUUACCUCUGAAAAGUUCCUUGUUCAUUAACACCAUGAAAUGAGCCAACACUGCAUAGACUGUAGUAAACUUUAUGGGAGAACCACUCACUCAGCAUAACUGACAUAUGAUGCCAGCCAGCUGUCACCUCCUGCCCCCAUGGACUUGGUCACAUGGUUAUAGUAUUUCUAGCUAGAAGAUGCCAUGGUGCGAUUCAUAUAGCAAGAAAUCUAGAUGAAAUUAAGAUGUCAUCAUUCAGUCACUUAUGUCAAAAUAUACUUGUAGCAGAGAGAGAGAGAGAGAGAGAGAGAGAGAGAGAGAGAGAGAGUACAUAUACUGGUCCUCUCUCUCUCUCUCUCUCCUACACAUCACAAAACUACCAGCCACACUUCUGCUGAUACCAUACCCAUGACCCAUACCUGUGCACAUUUUACAUAACCACUUCCUGGGUGUUCUGCCACUACCUGUUGGUACCUGCCACACACAGGGGAGAAGCUGUCAGUUUCCACGCCAGACUUACUUGGUGUUCCUGUGUGUAUUUCAUUAUGUUUGACAAUGGUGGUCUGUAAGUUCAGAUUUGUGUUUGACAUUUGUGUUCGAGAGAGAGAGAGAGAGAGAGAGAGAGAGAGAGAGAGAGAGAGAGAGAGAGAGAGAGAGAGAGAGAGAGAGAGAGAGAGAGAGAGAGAGAGAGAGUGAGUGAGUGAGUGAGUGAAUGAGUGAGUGAGUGAGUGAGUGAGUGAGUGAGUGAAUUUUAGUUUAACCAGUAGACCGUGUAAUACAGAGAGAUCUGCUAAGUAUGUACAAUUAAGGGAAAAGGUUAUGCAGUUUUUCUUGAGGUGUUCAUUACCAAAUCAAGACUAACAACUACCUGCUGGUGUUUGGUCUGCUGUGAAGUGGAGGUUGUCAUCUGUAGUGUGUGGUUAUAGGUAAACCAAGGAUGUUGCACUAUUAUCAUUGUGUCAUGUAGUGCAGUGGGUUUAUCCAUGUUUUAUUUGAUAUUGUUCUCUUGAGUCCCAAUUGUUUUGAGAUCAUCAUUUGACUGACCACUUCACUAAGUCUACAAUAUCUACUACUAAAAUUUGUUUUAUUCUCAAUUUAGUUCACUAUAAAGCAACUUUACCAUUGUGUAUUGUUUGCUCUUAAAUUGGAGAAUUACUUGGUAGAUUGAGACAUUUUAAUGCUAAAUGAAUAUUUGCAUUAUUUCAGCUGCAUGUAUUCUGAGCUGCUACUUGUCAUUUUGAGAUGUACUACUUGAUUGAGAACAGUUUAUUUUGCCACUGAAAGAUAUUGAAGAAAUGUGGAUGAAUAUUUCAAUUCCUUCAGUAUUUUAUUGUAUUUUUAGCCUUGUAUUUAGAGUUUAUAAUCAACUUCAAAGUACAAAAGUCUGAGCAAAGUAUUAGCAGGUUGAGUGAAGUUAUUAGGGAAACAUGUGCCAUUAGAAUUGCUGGAAAGGCAAGAGAACAGUAGAUAUGAAAGAUUUCCAUGUAUGUGUAUAUGAGUUUCAUUAAGAUGUGUUGUCACCAGCUAUCAUGUUAAGAAACCUUUUCAAAUGCCAUAUUUGUAUAGUUAGAGGGUGACAGAGGGCGAGCUCCAGAAAGGAUUAUAAUUCCAUUGCUGUGUCUCUCCAGCAGAUGGUAGUGCAUACUUGAGAGGUCUCUCUGUACUACACACUGUACACUUCCACUAUAACCAAUGGAGGAUCAAUGCCAGUAUACACUUCUUGGUAUCUCAUGUGCUUGACAAUGAAGUAUCACUGCAUUUCACUGUCCGGCAGAUACAUUUGUGUGACAUGAGUGUAAAGUUAUGCAGCCAGUGUGACUUUUGUCAUCAGCCCGUUUCUUGUAUACAUUUGUGUAUAAAAUAUACAGUAGACUAAUGCAAGAUUA